AUGCCAAAGUUAGUUCACGUUAUAGAUGUUGAAAGUGGGAAUCUACAAUCCCUUUCAAAUGCAAUCAAAAGAAUUGAUCCAACUUAUGAAAUAAUUUUCAUCCAUAACAAAGAAGAAUUUGAAGCAAAUGAUGAACAGAUAAAAAAAUUGAUAUUUCCUGGUGUAGGUAAUUAUGGUCAUUUCGUACAACAAAUAUAUGAAAGAAAACUUGAUAAGUUGAUUGAAAAAUAUAUUGCAGAUGGAAGAGACUUAAUGGGGAUUUGUGUUGGAUUACAAGCAUUUAUAGACGGUUCUGAGGAAAGUCCGAAUGAUAAAGGUUUAGGAGUUUUAGAUUUACAAUUGAAAAAAUUUAAUAUCAAUGAUUCAGUAUUUCAAGAAAAAGGAAUAAAAAAAUCAGUACCGCAUAUUGGAUGGAAUAGUAUAGAAAAUGUAAUAGUGGACGGGAAGGAAAUUGCUAAAAACAAAUCAUUGUUUUCUUUAAAUUUAAAUAACAAAUAUUACUUUGUUCAUUCAUACGGGGUAAUAGUUACUAAAGAUAAUGAUAUAAAAAUAAAACAAUUGGAAAACCAAGGUUGGAAUUUUGCAUUUGCAAGAUAUGGAUCAGAAAAGUUUAUAGCUGCCAUAAACAAAGGGAAUUUAUUUGCAACACAAUUUCAUCCAGAAAAAUCAGGUAUUGCUGGUAUAAAAAUUAUAAAAUCUUUUUUACUUGGUGAAAAAUUCCCAGAAGUUCAUAAAUCAGAUAUACAAGAAAUACCUAGCGGGACGGAAACAACAUUAAGUGGAUUAACAAGAAGGAUAAUAGCAUGUUUGGAUGUUAGAACUAACGAUCAUGGAGAUUUAGUGGUUACAAAAGGUGAUCAAUACAAUGUUAGAGAAACCACAACCGAAGGAGAAUCAAAUGUAAGAAACUUAGGUAAACCAAUAGAAUUAGCAACAAAAUAUUAUUUACAAGGAGCUGAUGAAAUUACUUUUUUAAAUAUUACAUCUUUUAGGAAUUCACCAUUAAAAGAUUUACCAAUGUUACAAGUUUUGAAAAAAUCAGCAGAAACUAUAUUUGUUCCAUUAACUGUUGGUGGUGGUAUAAAAGAUAUGCAAGAUCCAGAAACUGGUAAAAUUAUACCUGCAGUUCAAGUUGCUGAUUUAUAUUUUAGAUCAGGUGCUGAUAAAGUAAGUAUUGGAUCAGAUGCUGUUAUUAUUGCUGAAAAUUAUUAUGCAAACAAUAAACAAAAAACUGGUCAAUCUUCAAUAGAAACAAUUUCAAGAACUUUCGGAAAUCAAGCUGUUGUUAUAUCAGUUGACCCAAAAAGAUUUUAUGUAAAUUCACCAGAAGAUACUACGAUGGAAACUAUAAAAAUUACAGAUCCAUUAAAAUAUGGACCAAAUGGAGAAAAAUAUUGUUAUUAUCAAGUAACAUCACAAGGAGGUAGAAAAUUUCAUGAAUUAGGAGCUCUAGAACUUUGUUUAGCUUGUGAAAAUUUAGGAGCAGGAGAGAUACUAUUAAAUUCAAUAGACUAUGAUGGAUCAAAUAAAGGCUACAAUUUGGAAUUAUUAAAUCAAAUAAAAUCAAAAGUAUCUAUACCAGUUAUUGCAAGUUCUGGAGCUGGUAAUCCACAACAUUUUCAAGAAGUAUUUGAAAUGCCAUGCGGUAUUGAUGCUGCUUUAGGUGCUGGAUUAUUUCAUCGUGGUGAAUUUACUGUUAAUGAUGUUAAAAGAUAUUUACAAUCUAAUGGUAAAAUGGAUGUAAGAUUAGAUGAUAAAGUAGAGUUAUAA